UGUCAUCGCACGCAUCAUUAUAUCUGCGUCGAUACCGCGUGUGUAACGUCAAUCGUCGCGUAUUUCCGCGACAUGUUGCAGAUCGAUAUGCAGCUUGAGGGGAAAAAAACGUUGGAACAUGGGGAGAUUCGGUACGGGGGGGAGGGGAGAGAGGGAGAGAGCGAGAAAGGAUGACAUGCGGGAGGACGCGAUGCGUAUAAUGACGUAUUAACCAUAAUUUCACGCCAGGGUCGGGUCAGGGUCGUUCUUGUUUAUUUAUUUCUUGCAAACAUCAUCUCGCGGAGGUUGGCAUCCCUGGGCUAUCUCUCUCCUUCCCGUGUAAACAUUCGUUGUAUGUACUCGUGCUCGCGCUACAAUAUUGUGUUUACAUUGUAACUCUGGGUAACCCUGUCACCUUAUAAGGGCGAAUGGAGUGGAGUUUCAUACAUGCGAUAUGAAACAUCACCUCUUGAAGCGCGCGAUAUUGGAAAAAGACAAUGAAGCCAAACAAACUUUUGUCAAGCAAACAGUUAUCAAGCCUUCAACCUUUGUCAAGCAGGAGUCUAUAAAUUUUGGAUACGAUGCUUCCUCGUAUGCUAACUACUCUUCAUCGUCAUCCUCCCCCUCUACUGUUGCUCAACCUUUACCAGGACAACCACCCUUACCACCUAUGCCACCGCCACCCAGCGGAGUUCCACCUCCACCCCAUGUAUUUGGACCAGUGCCUUCCCAAGUCACUCCUAUUCAGGCAUGGGCACAUCCGCACGCUCCAUGGCAAUGGAUAACACCGCAAACGUCCCCUUUACCGCCACCAACACCGCGUGAAAUUACUAAUACUUUUCAAAGAGAAAUGCCUUUAAGGGGUAACUAUGCACGUCGCGAACGAUUUAGUCAUAAUAGGAGCAAUAUGUAUGUUCAGAGAAAUAACUUUCAUCGUAAAAAUAGAAGGUUGGCGCGAUUUGGACAGUCGCAAGGUCAAUUCGAUCAGGCUGCUUACUUUGGCGCGACAGCACUGACAGGUAGUCUCGGUUUAGAAUGGCAAAGAAAUAAUUAUACCGCGACAACAAAUGACGCUAUAAUAAAUCACAUGACUGUACCUCUACCUAAUCAUCCCAUACCUCCCAUUCCAUCAGGAAUUGUGCCCAGCAGGCAUAGCGAAGAGACAGAGGAUCGAGAUAUGAAAACUAAGGAAGUUGUAAAGAAAAAUAAAUCAAGGAAACCAAUGUCCCAAAGUUAUCCCAGUAGACCCUGGAAUAGAGAGGACGCGGAGAGAGCCUUGAAGACUGAAAACGAAUAUAACAAAAAGAAUAAGAUUAAUGCGCAAAGCUUAAUAAUUAAGUUUCCCGAUCCAGAUCUAAAUAAAGAUAUUGUUAGAUUAUUUCAUCCUGGUAUACAAAACAUACAUUUUCAAAGUCCAAGCGGGCCGAGAUACUGCUUUAUCCAGAUGGCAGAGAAUGUGAAUAUCGACGAAGCUAUAAAAGAUUUGGAAAAAAUUCAAUUUGGUAUAGGAAAUCUGAAAGUUGAGAGAAAAUCAUUAAGAGACGAGGAUAAUCCGAUGCCCGAAGAGAUAGAUCCUUAUACUUUAUACAUAGGAAAUUUGCCCGAAUCUGUUAAUGUAAACGAGGUGAAAAAUAAAUUUCCAACAGCACGAGUAGAUGUAGGAUACGCGCAAAAAAUGAGGAACACCCGAUAUGCUUUUAUAAGAUACAAUAGCGUAGAUGAAGCGAUAUCAGCUUAUAAACAGGCACAUGAUUUAAUGUGGGACACGAGAAGUAUUAUUGUUAGAUUUAGACGGCAGCGAGGUAAUGCUUGUCUUCCUGGAGAACCCAAGUCUAACGUUAAAAAAGUUAAAGAGGAAUCAAAUAAUGCUGCGCAAGUGAAAAAGGAACAGAAUGCAAAUCAUGUUGAGUUUAAGCCUAAUGUUAAGAAGCUGAAGGAAGAAGGAAAUAAUGCCAAUCAAAUGAAGAAAGAUGAUAAAAUUAAUCACGCGGAUAAAUCAUCGACGAAUCAAGAUGCAAAUAGCGUUGAAACGCGACUGCAAGAUAAUUCUAAUAAGGCACAAAAUAAGCCAAAUUUGCAAACUCAGGAACAAAAUGUAAACUCCCAUUCCCCCAUGUUGCCGACUUUGAUUACGUCGGCUAAAACAGCACAAGAACAGCAACAACAACCCUGGACGUCGCAAUCUCCUCAGAUACCUUCAGCAUCAGAAACUCCACCACCGAGCAGUCCAACCGAGACGGAAGAAGCCGAAGAAACAAUGAUGUUUAGAAAGAUUAAAGAAGAACCUCAAGAUUACGAAGAAAUGGACAUGUUAUCUAAUAUGCAAUCGGACGAGGACGAUGAUGACGAUGACGAUGAUGAUGAUGACGACGAUGACGAUGAUGAAGAACCAGAUGAUACUGACGAUGAUGAGGAUGAUAAUGAGGAAAAUUGCGAAGAAGACGAAAAUAUCAAUGAUAAUGAAAAUAUGUUUGGCGAUAAGCCAUUGGAAACAUUAGGUAAUGAAGAUGAACAAAGCGAUCAUCUUGAUCAAAUGUUCAGCAAAUUGGAGAAUACGACAGGCGAUAUCAGUUUUUGGGGCAUUGAAUAAUAUAUCAUUUUAAUGCUCAUGUAUCAUGCUGAUCCGAUUUUUAUGAAGAUUAAUUUCAUAAGUAAUAUGUAAAUAUCAGUAGUAACGUAAUAUAAACAAAUAAGACUGCAUGUAUUUAAAUACGAUAGUAUAAGCAAUUGCAGAGUGUUUAAGCAUUUUGUAAUUAUCCUUUUUUUUUUUUUCAAUGAAUUUCAAUGAAUAUAUCCCAAGCUUAAGUGCGAAAUUAUGUAAGCUAUUGCAUUAUUAAAAUUAUUAUUUUGUGUAUUCUCGCUGUGUAAUAAUCAAUCUAUGCGUCAUUUUAUUCAAUAGCCCAAUUUUAUAUAGUGAAGGAAGCUGCAAAACAUCAAUCGCAUUUUUUUACAUAUCCGUAAUUGCCAACAAUAUAUACAAUGUCAAUUAUAACUGAAAAGCUUGCCGAAUCGCAGAAAUAUAGUAUUUAA